GGAUUAUUAAUAAUAUACCCUUUCAAUUAUCUGAUAUCACUAUUCCUAUUGAUGUGGAAGUAAAUAAUGCCCAAGAUUAUGCUAUAAUUGCUGGAAAAAAGCUACAAUAUAAUAAUGGUGAGCCUAUUCCUUUAAAAAUUUUCUCUAAGUCUAAUGACUUAAAUAAUCAAACUUUAGUUGUUGAAACUAAUGAAUAUAGUGAGAAUGAAUAUGAAUCAUCUGAUGCUAAACUGGAGGAAUCUAAAGAAUUUUUAGUUAUAGAAAAUUCUAAUAAAAAACCUAUACUUGAAAUCAAUAAUACCCAAGUUAAAUACCAAAAUGAAUCUUUUGAUAACUAUAACUUUUAUUCUGAGCAAGCCAGUGAUCCUCAAACUAUUAAAUGUUAUUGUGCUCAGCCACAAAAAACAUGUCCAAAAUAUAUACAAGUGAGAGAAGCAAUAAGUUGUUUUAUUACUAAGAAAGACUUUGAGGAAACAAAUUUGUCUUCUGAAAAUAAUUUACAAUUACAACAAUUCUUAACUAAAAAUGACCAUAUGUUCUCUAAGGGAAUGAAUGAUUUAGGCAAAACAACUAUAGACCAACAUCAAAUUAUUACUGAAAAU